CACGUCGGUCUCCCCUCCCAGGGGCAUGCAGGGGAGGGGGAGACGGCUGGCUCGUCGUGGAUGUGAGAGGACAGGAGGAGGGGAAAGCUGCUGCUCGGCUCAUCUUCCCGCUCCCUGGUCAGAGGGAGGCAGCACCGCUCGUCUACACCCCUCCUCCUCCAGGGACAGCAGGCUGUGGAAAUCCUGUUUGCAAAGCUGUUCGUACAAUGGCGACCCUGAAGCAGUUCCCAUCCCUGUGUGUCCCCGGCGCUCCUGCCCUGUAAUGGUCACAGCCCCCUAUAACUAGUGGAUUACUGAGAGCGGAGAGACGGCCGAGACUGAGAGGAGAGCGGCUGCCGUACAGUGUGCACAGGAUCCUAGGGCAGAGGAUAAGAGGCAUUGGAUUUAUAAAACAUGGGGGAGACGGAGCAGCAGACAGCAGCCUCUCGGUUAGGUGCUCCAGAGAGUGCCGGGAUCAGCACUUUAGAACAUGGAACCAAGCCACCUCUGUCUCCACAAGGAAAAUCUUUUCCAUUCAAAGUCCAAAUGUUGGAUGACACACAGGAAACUAUUGAAGCUCCGCUAAGAGCUCCUGGAAAAGCUCUCCUAGAUGCCGUUUGUAGCCACCUUAACCUAGUCGAAGGUGAUUACUUUGGAUUGGAGUUUCAGGACCAUCGGAAAAUGAUGGUAUGGCUGGAUCUGCUGAAACCAAUUAUUAAGCAAAUCAGAAGACCCAAGACUACUGUUCUAAAGUUUGUCGUAAAAUUUUUCCCACCUGAUCACACACAACUUCAAGAAGAAUUAACAAGGUACCUCUUUGCUCUUCAAGUGAAGCAGGAUUUAGCCCAAGGCAGGCUAACAUGUAAUGAAAGCAGCUCUGCUCUCCUCAUCUCACACAUUGUACAAUCGGAAAUAGGAGACUUCGAUGAGGCUGCUGACCGGGAGCACUUAUCAAAAAAUACUUACAUGCCUCACCAAGACGCUCUGGAAGAAAAGAUCAUGGAGUAUCAUCGGAAUCACUUUGGACAGACGCCAGCUGAAUCAGAUUUCCAACUUUUGGAGGUUGCCCGCCGCUUGGAAAUGUAUGGCGUCAGACUGCACCCUGCCAAGGAUAGGGAAGGAACUAAAAUCAACCUGGCCGUUGCAAAUACAGGAAUCCUAGUAUUUCAGGGUCACACAAAAAUAAAUGCAUUUAACUGGGCAAAAGUACGAAAGCUGAGUUUCAAGAGAAAAAGGUUUCUUAUAAAAUUACGCCUAGAUGUAAAUAGUUCUUACCAAGAUACUUUGGAAUUCAUGAUGGCUAGUCGGGAUUUCUGCAAAUCAUUCUGGAAAAUAUGUGUUGAGUACCAUGCCUUUUUCAGGCUAUUUGAGGAACCCAAACCAAAGCCAAAGCCAGUUCUUUUUAGUCGAGGUUCUUCUUUUAGAUUCAGUGGCCGAACGCAAAAGCAAGUUUUGGAUUAUGUGAAAGAAGGAGGACACAAAAAAGUACAGUUUGAAAGGAAGCACAGCAAGCUUUGUUCUAUAAGAAGUUUAUCUACCCCCUCAUCUGAUCAGAUUUUAGAGGUGCCAAAACAACAGAGCCCUAAGAUAACUCUUGUGCAGAGUUCUCAACCAGAUGAGAUACAAACUUUAACGCCCUGCAAAGAAGAGAAGUUAGUGACUGAGGUGCUAGUACAACAUAAAAGUCCAUCUCCCAAGAAAGUACCUUUGGAGAAGAGAACCAAGGAAGGAACACAUUUGACUAUUGAUGGGGAAGAAGUAGCCAAAGACCAUAUACAGCAGAAUAUGAAGAAUGCACACCAGCCAAGCACAGGUCCAGCAUCCCGGGCUGCUCAUGGCAGCAGUUCUUUAACAGGGAGCCCACACCUUUCGGAGCUAUCUAUUAACUCUCAAGGGGGAAUGACUGGAUUGAACUCCACACUGUCACCAAACUUGAGUCCUGAUGGAAAGCCUUCAUCUCCUCUAAUAAGUCCAUUAUUAAAUGAACCUAUCUGCAUCAGAACUGAUGAUGAAGACGAUAGCCGUAAAAAGAAAUUUCCCACAGACAAAGCCUACUAUAUUGCUAAGGAGGUUUCAGCUACAGAAUGCACCUACCUUAAAGAUCUUGAAGUCAUUACUGUGUGGUUUCAGAAUGCAGCAAACAAAGAUGACUCCAUGCCAGAGCAACUGAAAAACCUAAUUUUCCCCAACUUUGACCCCUUCCAUAAAUUCCACUCCAAUUUUCUAAAGGAAGUUGAUCAGAGACUCGUUAUUUGGGAAGGCAAAUCCAACUCACAUAUGAAAAGUGAGAAUCAGAAAAUUGGGGAUGUUAUGCUGAAGAACAUUCAGGGUAUGAAGCAAUUCACAAAUAACCUUCAGAAACACUACGAAGCACUGAUAGAAUUAGAGAAGGCUAUUAAAAACUCUCGGAAGCUGGAUGUUUUGUGUAGAGACUUUGAGCAAGAAAAGGUGUGCUAUCUGCCUCUGAAUAUAUUUCUUCUCCGGCCAUUGCACAGACUCAUGCACUACAAACAGAUUAUGGAGAGGCUUUGCAAGCAUUACUCUCCAAAUCAUGUGGAUUUCCGGGAUACAAGAGCUGCGCUUGCUGAGAUCUCUGAAAUGGUAGCUCAACUUGAUGGGACAAUGAUAAAGAUGGAAAACUUUCAGAAACUACAUGAACUUAGAAAAGAUGUGACAGGCAUUGACAACCUGGUAAUACCUGGAAGAGAGUUUAUCAGGCUUGGAAGUUUAAGCAAGUUGUCAGGGAAGGGCUUACAGCAACGUAUGUUCUUUCUGUUUAAUGAUGCGUUAUUGUACACAAGCAGGGGACUGACAUCAUCAAAUCAAUUUAAAAUACACGGACAGUUGCCCCUUUUCAACAUGACGGUAGAAGAAAGUGAUGAUGAGUGGGGGGUACCACACUGCCUUACCUUAAGAAGUCAGAACCAAGCCAUAGUUGUUGCAGCAAGUUCACAGGCUGAAAUUGAAAAAUGGAGUGAAGAUAUUCAGAUGGCUAUUGGUCUAGCAGAAAAAAGUGGUGGUCCUGUCCCUGAGCUUAUGGCUGGUAGCCCUCCUGAUGGCAAAUCUCCAGAAGAGGGUCCAGGGGACCAGGAAUCGGAAGAUGACUUAAGUGCUUCUCGCUCAUCUCUAGAAAGACAAUCACCGCACCGAGGAAACACAACAGUCCAUGUCUGCUGGCACCGCAACACCAGUGUCUCUGUCAUUGAUUUCAGCAUUGCUGUUGAGAAUCAGCUGUCAGGAAAUCUGCUUAGAAAAUUCAAGAAUAGCAAUGGAUGGCAGAAGCUUUGGGUGGUGUUCACAAACUUCUGCCUAUUUUUCUACAAAUCCCACCAGGACAGCCACCCAUUAGCCAGUCUCCCAUUGCUUGGAUACUCACUCACCAUUCCCUCUGAAUCAGAGAAUAUUCACAAGGAUUAUGUCUUCAAACUGCACUUCAAGUCACAUGUCUACUAUUUCAGGGCAGAAAAUGAAUACACCUUUGAAAGGUGGAUGGAAGUCAUUCGAAGUGCCACAGACUGUGUUAGUCGCUCCCGACUCUUGAGGCAUAAGGAAUCCCAUUUGUACUGAAGUCAGAACAUUCCCAGCCCAUGAAUGCCAACUGCUUUCCGGCAGCAAUUUGAUACCAGCCAUUGCGGCUGUUUUGUAUAGCCAGCUGCUCUGUGCAGGACAAGAGACUGUCUCCCUAUGACUUUAUACACCUUUGUCUGGACAGAUACUUUUUAACUUUUUUUAAUGGUGACCCCCUUCCUGCUGUGAAGUAGAUCACUGCUGGCAGCUGGUAGUUGGUCUCAUCUUGUACAAUACCUUUUGACAUUCUGUUUGACUUUUGUGUGCCAACAUUAAAACUUGUUGUCUCUAGUAUAGUGGCAAAUGAUUAAAGUUUUAUUUGUAUCCCAGUUUUUAAAGUUGCUAUUGAAUUUAAACGUGUGCAUACAUACAAUGAGAGGUCAAUGUUUUUUAAGUUGUAAAGCUUUUGUCAAUGCAAUAUUCAUGCAGUGUAGCGGUUUUCAGAAAGGUUUACAUUACAUACAAAGCACUUUAACCACCUUCAUUGUAGAUACCAAGCAGCAGAAAUCAUUGUACAUUAUUAUAGCAUAGUAUAUAUAGACUGCCAGUAGUUGUGGUCUCUCUGCUAUAAUUUCUUUUUACACCAGACAUUUUCAUUUUUCUUGCAUUUUGGUUACAAACUUUGCUGUAUGAUGAUUAGAUCUUUUUAUGUCAUGGAGAAGCAUUGCAGUAAACUUUUUGCCAAAAAACAAACCUGUUGUGUUUU